AUGGGGACAUCCGUUUUGAGCUGUUCUAUCGUAAAAGUGCAGCAUUCAUCAUGUGGUGAAUCUUUUUUUUUUUUUAGUUUGUUUUAUUUUUUAUUUAUCUUUUUUCAUUUUUAUUUUUUUUGCUUUCCACAUGAUCAGAGAAAACGCACGAAGGAGAAUUCCAAAAGCUCCAAAAAAAAAGAAGGCAGGAGAGAGCAAAGCGGGUUAGGUAGAAUCGGAAAUAAAGAAUUACAUUAUGUUGUUAAGCUAGACUCGGAUGAAGGACAUAACAACAAGAACAGCAUAAAUAAGGACAAGUACAAAGAUGCAAAGAAGAGAAACAAUAAAAGACGAAGCUUAUCAGUAUUGGUCCCAAAUUACAAAAAAGACAUAGUAAAUAACAUCAAACUGGCUGACAAACUGUACAAAUUGACAGCAAAUAAGAGCUCAGACGAAUCGGAAGACGACAAUCGCAGAAAGAGGAAAAACUCAAAAAGGGACAAAAAAAAUGAUUGGAAUAAGGAAAAGAAGAGCAGACAUAGGAGAAGCGUCACCUGUGGAAGUUACCACUCCGAUAGUGAGCAUAGCGUGGACAGUGCGAAGAAUAACAAGAAGGUCGACAUAAACAUUAAUGAAGUUCAGACCAAGUACAAAAAUAAGAACAUAAAAAUUAUUUACGACGAUGGGUAUUCGAAGAGAAUCGUCGUCCGGGGGGACAAAAGGAAGGUAGGGAGGAGCGACGACGAGGAGGAGAAAUAUGAGGGAGAAAGCGACAGCGAUGAUGAAAGCCAUGAUCAAAGUGAUGACCAAAGUGAUUACCAAAGUGAUGACCAAAGUGGUGACCAAAGUGAUAACCAAAGUGAUGAACAAAGUGAUAAUCGAUGCGAUGAUGAAAGCGAACCAGAUGGUGAACGUCAAUGCGGGAGCCAAGGGGAGAACCACUCGAAUGACUACUACCGACGAACGCGCAAAAAAAAAAGCAGUGGAAGAAGAAAGCGCAAAGAAGAAAGAAAACCCUCCAAGAGGAAGAAAAAAAAAUGCGCCAAACGACACUCUACAACUCUUAGUGACAGUUACUGCGAGGAAAGGAGGAAAAAAAACAUCCAAAAGGGGAGGAGGAAAUUUUCGACUCUAAAGUUCGUAGGGGCGAGAAAGAGAAAGGAAAGCAGCGAACCGAUAGACAGAAAUUACAGAUCAGAUAAAAACUAUUACCAAAGGGCAGAGAAGGACUAUUACCCUAACAUGUAUGAGAGAGAAAAUAGUGAAAAUAGAAAUAAAGACAAAGACAAAAGCAAAAAUGAAAACGGAAACCAGAACCAAAACCAAAGCAGAAACACAUUUCAAGAUGUAGAAGUCUUUAAUCCAUACAGUGAAAGAGGCAGAAAAACGAUGACGUACCAAGCUUUAAGCACAAGGAGUGACCAAGUCAAAAACAACUUUUUCCUCACCAUUAAGGACAUAAUUUUUAAAUUGCAUUUGAACCUACAGAACAUGAAGGAAAUACUGAAAAACAAAAAUGAUUACAUAACGAGCUUGCUCGACUCAUCCUACAGAAAUAUCACUGAAAAUGUGAAACGCAACGCAAUAAAACAGGACAAUUUUUACAGGAUAAUUUUUCACGACUUGUUUAAUUUAUUAAAUGAAUUUAUCAUGGUAGAUGAUUAUACAAAGAAGUUUUUCUUCAGCAUCGAGACGGAGGUUAGGCAGAGGUGCUUGGAAAAUAUUAAGAACGAGUUUUACAAUUUUAUCAAUAGGUACUUGCCCUCGGGGGAGAGGAGAAGUGUGUACAGCCCCAGCAGGGGCACGAACGAGUUGAGUCCGCAGGACAUGUACAAGCGCAUCAUGGACAUGCACGAAUCUGCCAACAAGCGGAAAAACCUCUACUCUGCUCUGGCCCCAUACAACAAUGGGGGGGGGCCAACCGAAAGUGGCAACCCUGGAAGCGGCUUCACGAGGAGUGGCUUACCCGGCGAAUACCAGGCCCACCCCGACGUGCAGAGCAGCUUGCACCUGAAUAGCCUACAACAGAUGGAAGGUGGAAUGAGCGAGCUAGCCAGAAUUGACAGCCUGGCAAACAACCUCGCACUUAAAGUAAAAAACGCAAGCAUGUUCCAAAACCUAGGCGAUCAGGAAGAUGCCGUGGACUAUUUAAAAGGAGUUGUAAAAAGCGAAAAGGAAAAAAACAUAAAAUUGGAGUUGCAGUAUGAUGAAUUGAAACAAAAAUACGAUCUCUUGAAGAAGAAAAGGGAAGAAGACGUCAGCAAGGAAGUCAAUAUGUCAAAAAGUACCCCAGAUGAAGAAGAUAAUUUUUUUAAGAAAUUCUAUCAUAGUCAGUCAUCAUUUAUCAAAUUGGAGGAAAAAAAACUGGAAGACUCAUCCAAGAGGAUCGUCGACGAAAGUUUGAGGCUGACCAGGAUGAAGGAAAUGAACGAGAGCAGAAAAAGGGAAAUAGAGAAAGACAUGCACGACAUCGAGGUUAAGAGAAAAGAAAUUGAAAAGGACAAGGACGAUAUAGAAAUUAAAAAAAAGGAGAUCGAACUUGCGAACGAGGAGAUAAGCAAACAAAACAAACAAUUGGAACACAAACAGGACAUACUAAAUCAGAGGAAAAAAGAACUCGAGAAGGAAAACUCCAUACUAGAUAACACCAAAAGGGAGGUGGAUGAAGAGAAUGAUUUGAUAAUGGAGAAAAAGAGAGAGCUGGACGAGCUGAACAAGUUAUUGCCCGAAAGGCAGAAGCGCGUGGAGGAGACAGAUAACACUCUGCGUAAAAAGAAGAAGGAAGUUGACGACACAAAUGUGCUGCUAAACGAGAAACAAACCACCAUGCAGAGAAUGUGCACCUUAAUGGAAAGAGAACCUCUAAAUCAUAUGAGGGAGGAAGGGGACGUUUUGGAGAAAAGAAAUAAUCAGUUGAACAGGGGAAGCACCCAAAUGAAGGCUGACGAGACGGAGUAUGGCAUACAAAACGGUGAUCCAAAUCAGCAAUAUGACAGUGGGGACAACCCCCACAAAAGAGAAAACAAGGAAACCAACGCAUUAUAUAUGCAAAAUGAUAACCCUAGCUAUACACCAAGUGCGGGUGCUAUCACGGGUAAGCAUGGCACUCUUACUUUAGAAAAAGCGUCAACACUAAUUGUGGAAAAGGAAACAAGCCAAAACGAUAUGAACAUCGAAGGGGACGCUAAACGAAGUAGCGUUCUGUCUUAUUUAGGGAACACGAAAUUUUCUCUGAAAAAUGCUUCCAAGAUGGACAGCAACAUGUUGCCAAUAAGUGGUACUCCCCAAAAUGGUAAGCUUGUGCUAAAUGAUAAAAACGUCCUAUUGAUGAAGAAUGGAAUUGUGGAAAGGGAAGAGGCCCUUUUAGGUAGAGAGGAAAAGCUCAAUGAGGAAAAAGAACAAAUUGUUCAGCAGAUGAACCAACUUAGCAUCUUAAGGGAUAAGAUUGCGAGCGAAACGGAGGCACUGCAUAUACGGGAAGAGGAACUAAAAAGGAAAGAAUUACAUCUACUUAGCAUGCAACAAGAAGGAGACGGUACACAGGGGGGAGAAGAACCAAAUGUCCCUUCAAGGGGAACCAACUCCCUCUUUUGUAAUGCAGAAGAAACGAACAGUUUGGGCGAAAAUUCAAAGAAGCAUUUCGAGCCAGAACAUUACGCAAAUGACUCUAAUGAAGGAAUCGCAAAUCAUCAAAUGGGUCACAUGGGAAUAGAUCAACCUGAAAGCGAUGAUCAGAGGACUACCCAAUCGCAUGACGAAGUUGAAUUAAACGAAUGGCUACAAAAAGGGGAUAGCACACAUUUGGAAGGUACCAUUUCUUCAGAAGGGAAUAAUAUCAACAACGGCACUUUCAACCCUUGUGGAACUUCUCCCCCAGCAGGUGACAACCUAGACGCAAUAAAAAGCAACCUAAACAACUGUUUGGAUGAAAUAGCUAAGUACAAACUUUUGCUAAAAAGUAGAGACGCAGAAAUUUGUUCAUUAAAAACCCAACUGGGAAGGCAGCAAGGUGAAGCCAACUGGAACGGAGAUGCUACACAAGAAGGAAACAUCUCGGGGGAUAAUUCCAAAAUGGGGGAUUCUCUUUGCAAUACGGGUAAUGCGGGGGGAGGGAUAAAUGGCGCAACUGGUUUUUCUUCCCUUUCGGGUGAUUCUGGUAACACGGCGAGGGGUCCUUUAAAGCAGCCAACCGGGUUUUCAGGCCCCCCCCCUGAGCACAGUAAGGCAAUUGGGCACAGAAAGGCCGCGCUUAUACUGCACAAAAAGACGAUGAAAAGUGUCAUUAGCAGCGAGCUAAUCACGUUAUACAAAGAAAUAAGCAAAAUAAGGGAGGAGUACAAUAAAAGCAUCCUUAAAAAAAAUGAGUUCAUAGGGGAUCUCCUGCACAAUUUCUUUAACGAAAUGAGAAACAACUACAAGUUGAAGGAGAAUUUCUAUCAGAAGGAAUCCAGCAAAUAUCACGCCCUCAUUAGCGACAAGGAAUGCUACAUAAACGAACUUAAAAACGCGUUGCAGGAAAAAAAGGCGAAGGAGGUGUCCUACAAAAAGAUGGUACUCAAAAUGAAUCAAAUAAACGAUGCGUACAAGUUAAAGAAUAAAAGAAGUUUGUCCACCGUGGAAAUGUUGAAGCAAGACAUAAAGCUCCUAAAUCAAGACGUUUUAAAGAAAAAAGAAAUGGUAAGUUUUGUCCAAUGGGGCCUAUUUGCGCAAAAAAGCCUUAUGCAUGUGCACGCUGCUAUGUACACGCACAUGCACGAGUAG